AGACGCUUCCUUGUUGACAAAAAGAAAAAGAGACGCUUCGUUAAUCGUUAAUAAUACGCUCUCUCGUUCGCUCUCUACCUUACUUUUCGAGGCACAUCAAAUCUGAAACGGGUUUCAAAAAUUGGGAAGGGAAUCAAUGGCGGAGCAUGAGGUGGAGAAAUUGGAGAGGGAAGUGAGGGAGAUGGCGAAGAAGAUAUCAGAGUACAGGAAUACCCUACCGGAUCACCUCAGCAACACCCUUGACAUUGCUUCCGGCUCGGAUCCUAUGCCCUUGUCUUCUGAGCGCCUCGCUAUCCCACCAGAAACACAAGCAGCACCUCUUACUAGGUUAGUAGGAAGUGAAGAGCAAGAGCGUGAACAGAAAAUGGUUCAGCUCAAGGAUAUUGUGUCUAGGAACGCUGAAAAUAUAUCUAAAGCUGUAAAGAGAGUGCGUGAAUGUGCAGACCGGAUUCACAGACUCGAUUCUUUGGACAAAGGAACAAGAAGAACCAUUCACCCUGCUUUCACUAGGCGCAGAAUUAACUGACGACUCCCUCCUCUUUAUCUCUCCUUUCUCCUUUAGAUUCUAUUCUCUCUUAAAGAGCUACUGCUGAUUUGUUAAAAGAAUAUAUAUAUGUUAUCCUACAUUAAUUGUGGCUGUGUA